AUACCUCCCAACACUCUGAAGCCUAACAGAAACAAAAGAAACAAGAAAACAAAACGCGAUGGUUGACGUCGACGUUGGAACCUCGGACUCGCCGAAGCGCCACCACAACAACGGCUUCCUCGUAACAAUAUCGGCGGUUCUGGCGCUGCUAACAAAGCGCAGAGCAGCGAAGCCGACCAAAGAGGAUGAGUGGAAGAAGGAAUUGAAGAAGUCGCGGCCGAAGAAGCUUCUCAGCAACAUAAGAAGCAAAGCGCUUUUCGGUCACAACCACAACAACAAGAAGAAGCUGCGAAGCGUGGAAGAGACACAACAAGGGUGGGGAAACGGCGGCGUUUGGCAGAAGGAGAUUCUCAUGGGUGGCAAGUGCGAGCCGUUGGAUUUCUCGGGUGUGAUUUAUUACGAUGGAAACGGGAAGCAGCUCAGCGAAAUCCCUCUCAGGUCGCCACGCGCUAGCCCCAUGCCCGGUUACCUCACGCGCCGCCUCUGAAAUCUGAAUGAGUCAUCACCACCGCCAUGCCGAUCUUAGAUUGUGCAUGUCUCUAUUUUUUGAGUAAAUGUUAGUUUAUUAGUUUUAUAAAUGCUGCAGAUUCAAAUCCCUUCCGUUUGUUUAGCUAGUUUAAUUUUUAGGUUGUUGGAAACAAUAUUUGAAGACGUCGUUUUAUAGUUUUAACGUGUCUAAGGUUUAUUCCGGCACAUGAGGUAAUAUCUUUUUUUUUAUUAAAAAAGUAAUUAUUAUGAAAUUCCUUCUUCUUCUUUUA